AUGUCGAAGCAAAGUGAUAGCGAAGAUUUCGAAAGCGCUGACGAAGGGCAAACACUACAAACGAAAAAAGAAAAAAAGGAAAUUAAAAAACUAGCAGCUUCCACAAAAAAUGUAGAGCAAACAGAUGGUUGGGAUGAUUUCGACAUAGAGGAAACUGAAGCAGUUGAAAUAAGUAAAAGUAACAAGAAGGAUGAAACAGAAAAACCAACAUCUCAAGAUACUGGUUGGGAGGCUUUUGACGAUUGGGGUGAAAAUGACAAUAAUAAAGUGGAAGAGGUUAAGCCAAAUACAAAAAGCACAAAAGAUGUACAUAAAUCUCAAGAGCAAGCAGACAUACAAGCGGUUACAGAAAGGUUAGCAGCUGCAACUACCAAAAAUGAAGGCUGGGGCUGGGGUGGAUGGGGGGUUGAUUCCCUACUCAGUACUGCCACAGCUGGUAUUAGUACGCUUACUAGUCAAGUCUCACAGGGUAUUUCAACAGUACUAGAAACUGGUAUUGGAGCUCCUGACCCCGAAGAGUUGGCAAGAGCUACCAAGGAGAAGGCAGUCAAUCAGGAAACCAAUGUUGAAGAACAGCCAACUGCACAAGACACAACUUUCCAAUUUGGCAGUCUUCUGUCUGGGGUGACUAAGUUUGUUGAAACCACUGGAACUAAAGUCAUAUCUGGUGGCUUAGAUACACUAGAAGUAAUUGGCAAGAAGACGAUGGAAGUUCUCCAAGAUGGUGAUCCAGGCCUAGUGAAGAAACGAGCCAUGCUAGGACUUGAUACAGAAAAACCUAUAUUGUCCCAGAUACUCCGGGAGGCAAAGGAGCGUGCUGAUGAAGAAGACAAAAUGAGGGAGGCCAAGAGGGAAGCUAAGGAGGUUCAUUACGAGACGUUAUUUGAUGAUUUUGAAGGUCUUGUUCAUCUGGAAGCAUUAGAGAUGCUAUCACGCCAAGUCAGCAUGAGAAUAGAAGAACGUUUGAGAAGUGCAGAUGCAGAUAAGAGACAAGAUAUCAAGGAGACCAUGCAACAGGUGGCGGAACUCUGUGAAAUGCCAGAAGACGAUGACGAUGAUGAUGAUGAUGAAGAGCACGGAGACUCAUCGAAGGAGGAUGUGUUCCAUGAGAGAUUGCAGCGGGCUACAAGGGAUAUUGGACUAAAGUUGCAGUUCCAACCUCUUAUUAAACAAUACACGGACAUAUUGCAAUGGCUGGAUGCCACUGAAGUCGUGAACGAGAAGGCUAUAUAUAAGCGGGCGGUGAGCGGCUUAGCCCAAGCGACCGCUCUCUGUGUUGAGCUAUACCACAAAACAGCUGAGAUGUUGCUGGUGAAGAAUCGAAGGUCUACAGCUGAUGAGGCAGAUGCACUUACGCAGCUGACAGUUGUAUUGUCAAAACAUGUGAGUGAGAUGGCCACACUCUUUACUGAAAAGUUAAGCAAACAACCCAGUGAGGAUAAAGAGCUUAUCAACAAUUAUAUCACGAACGUUUUUCUAGAGGCUGGAAACAGUUCAAAGUACGUCGAAAACGCGUUCCAACUUACAUUACCGAUUAUCCAAAUAGGUGCAGUUUAA